GUUAAUUCCUUCUGAGCUCCUAAACCAGCUGUGCAGAGUAGCAGACACUUUUGAAAUUGUAGCUGCCUUACUUCUCAGUAAAACCCAUUUUACUGGACCAGCUGGUGUAAUCAAAGAUCUUCAUAUUACUGGAAGAUUGCAAGCUAUCACCAACCUAGACAACCCUAAAGCAGCAAAUUGAAAACUGAUGAGAAAGUGAAAGAUGGUAAUGGAUAGAAAUGCAUCAGGAGAAGCAGAGAAACAUCUCCUUCUCACUCAUCAUCCAAAAGAUGGAGACUACAAGCAACAGAGUAUUCAACAUUGGCUCAACACUAACUGCACAUCACCUGCAAGUGAAGACAGGCCUAUGAGCCCACAGAAAGCAGGCAUCAGGCGGAGGAUGAGCAGCACAGAAGAUGACUUGAUGCUGGGCAUAGAAGCUAUGACAUAUCCAAGUGCAAUACAACACAUGUCCAUCAAAGAAUAUGUGAGUAGAGCCUUCCACUCUGAAAACCCUCCACUGACAAGACUGGAUAGCGCAGCUUCAACAACUUCCUUGAACAUUGAGCCCAGGAGUGUUUUUGGAUUUCUGGAUCGCUGGCACAGUGACCCUGAGGAACUUCUACUUGACCUUGGUUUUGGCAAAGAGGAACCUGACAUCUCAACCAAAAUACCAGCUCGUUUCAUCAAUAGUUCCUCUGUUGCAACUGGAAUAAAUAUAAGAGUCUUUCUGGAUGCUCAGAAGCUACGAAUGGAGAUGGAAAACCUUGAUAUAUGCAAAAUAACCACCCAGAAUCUAUCACCUGAGCUCAACGUUGUGCAGGUGCAGACCCUGGACACCAAAAAGGAAUGUGGAACAUUGCUGAGAAGGAUUUCACAAAAUAGCCCUCAUAAAAGCAUUAAGGAUUCCCAAAAACUUGAAGAAAGCUGGGAAAAUGAAGAGAAUACUUUGAGCUCUUUGGGAAAGGACAGAAAAUAUGCUUUCCUCCAUGCUCACCCAUUUAUUCCUGAAGAUGACAGCAUUUUAUCACCAUUGGAAGUAGGACAGAAUGGAGAUCAGAAAAAGGCACCUCAUUUGCCUCUUGAUUUGAAGAUGGGCCAAGAUUAUCCCCUGUUAGAAACAUCUGCCAAAGACAGGGACGCGCAAUUUCUAAUGCCCCAAGCAAAGAGGCUGAAGCGCAGCAUGUGUGAUCAGUUACCAGAAUCCUUUGAAAUGGAAGAGAUGCAGAGUUUUGAUGAGGAUUGUUCUCCAAGAAUGACUGCCAACAAAAACUGUUCAGAUGUGAAAAGAGAAAAUAGUUAUCAGUCGGAUAGCAGUGGAUUUCUGGAGGAGCCAGUCAUUCCAUCACAGAUUCUGCAUGCAUUCAACACUGUUGGUUGUGACAGCGUUAACAGCCAAGCCCCCUUACAAGAAAGCAAGCAAUGGCCUGUCCAGAUCAAGGAUCCAGGACAAGAAACACGUAACAUUACUGAUCAAACCUCGGCCCCUGUGUCUGUUGACAGUGAUCAAACAAAGUGUUCAGAAGCAUAUACAGAACUGCAAGUUUCAGAAGGAGAGAAAAAAAUUAAUGUGGAAAAUCUUGACCACCACCUUCAUGCCUUUGGUGAUCAGCAGAGGAUAACAGUUCCCUGUGUUGAUAAAGUCACAGGGGAGAAAAGUGAAUUAAGUGACAAUAAUAGACAUUUGCCCAUAGCAUCUUUAAAGGCCACACAGCAUGAUUCCGUUGCUGAUGAAAGUUUCUGGGAGAAUAACCAGAUCAAGAAGGAAAAUGGUGAUGUAGAUAAUCAAAAUAAUGACACUGUAAACAGUAUUGCAGUAAAUGUGAACCAUGUCCUUACAACCCAGCAGGAGUCCAGCCUUCAUCUACAGCACCCUACUGCUUUAAGCAAACUAGUGACCAUCCAAAUUCCUCAAGAAAUCUUGCAACAAAAAAAUGUCACUGAGGUUCAUUCUUUAGAACCAGCACCACUUUUAUUUCAAUCAAAUGAAGACCUUUCCAAACACUCUGUAUUUAAAGAAAGUGGCAAGAUGAGGGAUGCUUCAGUGCAGACGGAAAACAACACUGAGAAGUUCACCAUUAAAACAAGUCAAUGUGACCAAGAUAGAAACCUCCCUCUACCUGUACCUGAAUUUCAAUCUGGCAGACAAUUUACAAAAUCAGUUUCAGUGGAUACUGGACUACAUAUUGUUGAGCAGAAUACUCAGAAACUAACUGAUUUCACUCCAGCCCACUGCCUUUGCUGCCACCACUGUCAUUGUUUCCAACAUCAUUGUUCAUCAACAUGGCUCAAAGCUAACAAUAUGGAAUGUCCAUCCAAGACUGCUGUCUCACACUCAGAGCCACAGCUGAUCAAGACCUUGCAGCAACUACAACAAACCGCAAGAGUUAUCUCUGGGUCUCCGCAGACCAUACCAGAAAUUGAGACCAUGAGGAAAUGUCUGCAGAGUUUUCGGAAUAGAUUGGUGGACAUUGAACAGGACAUCAUUGAACAGCAGGCUUCAGUCUACAGUGUUUUAACUGAAGAUGAGAGAGAGGAUGUGAAACGGCUGCAAAAAUUACGCCAAGCAGUGCGUCAAGAGGUCACAGAAAUAGAGGUUCAGCUUCAGGAUCAGGCUCGACAAGUUGGAGAAGCAAUGAAAGUGCAGUUGCAGAGUUUGCUGGAUGAACAGUCUUCUGUUCGCUUAUACCUGGAAGUGCUGAAGCAAACAGGAGAUGCUAUAUCAGAUGGCCAGCUUUGUCCUUCAUCCAUCUAUAUGACAUCUACGCCAGCAGCAGUAACCAACUCACAGGAGCUGGAAUUAAAUCCAGGAACAAGUCUGUCAAUGCGUUCCAUGUUAGGACAAGGUCCAGUCAAUUCACCAGCUACUUCAGACUCAAAUAAAAUCGAUAGUGAAGCCUGUUCAGAAGCUGUCAAAGAUACAAAAUUAACAGAAAAAAAACACCAUGAAACACAAACACUGGAUUUCAGAACCAUUCUACAACAUAUUAAACAAUCAUUUAAACAAUUGAGAUUGGCAGGUCCUGAUGACUGAGGAUGCUAACUUCACAUGAUUCAAGCACAAAGUCCUGACAGUUUCUGUUAAAUGAAGCAAGUCAUUAAAGUAAUACAAAAGGAAUCUGAAGGGGACAUCAUGCAAGACAAAAUAUCUUUUUUGCUGGGACUGCACUUCUCUCAUAUUUCCUUACAUGUUUGUGAACUACAGUGAGCUCACAUUUUAGUUAUCCCAAUUUCUGAAUGAAGCUCUUCUAAUCAUCGUUGCUUAGUUAAAACAUGUAAAUUGACAAAAUAAAAAAAAGAUGUAAAUUUUAAUAAUUUAUUAUGGCAAGCUUCACAUGGAACUUGCCGCAGUUUGCUUCCAAGUUGUUUGCUUUGUACUCUGCUGCUAAUGUGGUUCUAACUCAGACAGAAUUAAACGCUGUAAUACUUUACUUGGAUAUAAAUCUUGAGUAAGACCAUAUAAAGCACAAUUAAAAGAGCAAGGAUAAUUUAGUUCGGGACACCAGGUAAUUCAGUCUUUAUUUUAAAAGAAUUUCAUUUAGUAACUCCUUUGUUCAGACAUAGAGAGUCAUGGAAUCACACAGCACAAAAACAGGCCCUUCAGCCGACCAUGUCCAUGCUGACUGUCAAAUACUAUCAAUAUUAAUGCCGUUUACUAGCACUUGGUCCUUGGUCUUCAAUGCCUUGCUGACGUGAGUGUACUUCUAGAUAUUUUUAAAUGCUGUGAGAGUACCUGCUUCCAUCACCCACUCAAGUAGUGCAUUCCAGACUUCCCUUAGGGAAAAAAAUUCUUCCACAGAUCCCCUCUAUGCCCCUUACCCCCUUAUCCUAAACUUAUGUCCUCUAGUUUUAGAUACGUCUGCUAGGGAGAUUUUUCCUACUUACCUGCCCUAUCUAUGCCCCUCAUAAUUUGGUACACCUCUAUCAGGACCCCCAUCAGCCAAGAAAAGCAAACCCAACCUUUCCAGCCUCUCCUCAUAACUGAAAUGCUCCAUUCCAGGCAACGUCCUGAUGAAUCUCCUGUGUACCAUUACCUCCCAACUCUUAUAUUCUGUGCCCCGGCUAAUGAAGGCAAAUGUCCCAAAUGCCAUCUUCACCACUUUAUAUACUGUGCUGCACCAUCAAGAUUUUUAGACAUAGUCAAAGAGCAAUACAUCAUGGAAACAGGCCCUUCGGCCCAACUUGUCCAUGCCAUCCAAGAUGCCCAUCUAAGCUAGUUCCAGUUGCCCGUGUUUGGCCAAAUGUCCCUCUAAAUCUUUCCUAUCCAUGUACCUGUCCAAGUGUCAGUUAAAUGUUGGGCAUCAAGGUCCCAAGCUCCUUAGGCCACUAAUCUAAAAUGCCCUCCCAAAAUGUUUCAUCUCACUCUUAUCAGGAUUAAAUUCCACCUGGUAUCUGAUUAACAUAAUCCUGUAGCCUACACUAUCCUCAUCAUCAACAGCACAACCUAUUUUUGUGUUGCCUGCAAAAUUACUGUCGUAUCUCUAUCCAGAUUGUUAAUGUAUUUAACAAACAAGGGACUCAGCACCAAUACUUGUGGGACAGCACUGUUCACAGGCUUCCAAUCACAAAAACAACCUUCCACUAUUGCCCUCUGCCUCCUAUUAUCAUGCAUAUUUGGAUCCAUUUUGCCAACUUGACCUAGUGUAAUGGUUAGAAUAACUCUAUUACUGCGCCAGUGACCCGGGUUCAAAACAAGGGGCUGGAGAAAGGAAGGUGGUGAGUGGAACCAGAUAAGGAGGGGAUGCUAGGCAAAAGGAGAACAGUUGGGGGAGGAGAGGGGAGAGGAUGGGAGACCAGGUGAGUGGAGUGUGUGGAUGAUAGGCAGUCCAGGUGGGGGAUAGGGAAGAAACUGAGAAACUGAGGGCUGAUGGGAGCUGAGGGGGAGGGGGGUUUCAAAAAAAGGGAGUGUGAGAGAACCUGGGUGGAUCAGGAGGGCAGAGAAAGGAACAGAGGGGAUGUGGGUUACCUUGAAAUUGGAGAUUUCAAUGUUCAUGCCAUUGGCUUGUAGACUGCCCAGGCAGAAUAUGAGGUGCUGUUCCUCUAGUUGGAUAUAUACUGUAGAUCCAUGGAUAGUAAGUCGGCAGGGAAUUAGUGCAAGUAACAACUGCUGUUUUUCUUUCAUCAAUAUUCUCAUUUGCUCAAUCAAAAAACUCAGUAAAACACCAUUUACAUUUAAGCAAUUCAUGCUGGUUCUCUUUUAUUAAACUCAAACCUCUCCCAGUUCACACUGAUUUCUUUUUCCUGAUAUUUGUUUUUAAAAGCCUUCCCACCAAUGAGAAUAGCCUGUAUUUGCCUUCCCUUGGAUACUUGCUACUCGAUCUCCCUCUUGCUAUUUUGUAGCUAACAGAAUAUCCCAAGCACUGUGAAAGUACCUUUGGUUCUUUAACCAAAUGGAUCUGUCAAUGUUUCCUCAAGGGAAUGAUUUCUCUUCAGUGCUGUUUUGUCUUUCCUAAUCAAUGGGUGGCAAAGCUCUUUUUCUUCCUUAUCUGCCUUUUCUAAUACCAGGAAUAUUUGGUGCCCCAUUCUGUUAUUUCUGAGCCAUGUUUCAUAAAUAUCACACAUCAGUGGUACACUUAAUCUGUUGUGACUCAGAUUAGAUUGAUUGGACAUAUGUACUUAGUCAAAAUAACUAUUACAGGAGCAUAAGUUUUUUUUAAUUCUGUUGUGUACGUUUAAGGUGGAGCUAGAUUUUUCACAAAUGAGAAGAAAUAGGACAAGUGAUAGAGUUAGAUGAAGUUGGAUUGGUUGCAGCUUGUGCAGGACGUGAACACUAUUGGGCCAAGUGGGCAACUUGUGCUGGUCAUUCUAUGUAAUAUAUUUCUUCACAUUUACUUUACUUUGAGAAACAUAUUCCCCACUUACUCAACUCCUUGCACUAAGAGUACACUGAACUCAAAUCAGUCCCAGUGAUUAAUCCUACAUUUUCUCCAUAGGAGUUAUUGGGCUGAAUCCUCUGAUCCACGGAUCGGCAGUUUUGGAGUAACUGUUGAUACUUACUUUUGUUUCUGGUCACAAGGUGGUUGGAUCAGCAGUAGGGAUUUUCAAACCACUGAUCUCUCACCCAUCAAUGAACUGAAUUCCAAGUCACCCAGUUGGGUGCUUGGGAGUUUAAAUUCCCAGCCUCUGCAUCAGUGGGUGGCCUCCCCUUUCAGCCCUCCAGGUUCUGCCAAAACUUUUCAGUACACCUGUGUUGCUGAGUGAUAGAAAGCUUCAGUCUGAUUGAGCCUCUGGGAAAGGGUAGAAUCUCUGAUGUCUCUGACUCAGUUUGAUGGUGGUGCUGGGGAAGCUCAGGAGCUGGUAAUAGGGGAUGUGAGGGAGAAUGGUGGGAUAGAUGUAGUCUUAGUCCACUUGAGAAAAGGAGUAUUGCAGAUUAUUUAGUGCAUUUACAAUACAUUGCAUGCGGCCUAGUCAUUUUAGUUUAGUGCUGUGGAUUUCAUAUCACAUGCAUAAAAGUUCAUCUUAGCUUCAUGAGCCAACAAAAUUAUUGUUUCACUCUCUGAAGAGAACUGAGUUCUUCUAUAAAGUUAGAUAAAGGCUAUGUGAUCUGCCUUCAUAUUUUCAUUGCACAUUUCCACUUCUCAUGGCAAAAUGACCCUGUAAUAUAUUGAGUGAAGUUGUCAAUUAUUGUAAAAGUAAUGACUUUAGUAAAUAGUAAAAUAAAUAGGAGGGUAUCAUUUAACAUUUUGUUCAGAUGUAGUCAUCGUAUGCAAUGGAAUUAUGGUCAAUAUUUUGAAGAAAUUAAUAAUGCUGAUUGAUCCCAUUCAUGCUUGUUGCUGUGGCAGAUUUAUGACAGCUUUUACCAGCAUGCAUUGGGUAAGUUGAUAAAUAGACUUUUGGACCUCAUGUGGCACAAAGUCAGCCACUGGACCAGCAAUUCACACUCAGAAGUUUGGGAGGCUGGUUAAAGAAUGCCAAGUAACAAGCAUUAGAACUGCAAUGUACUCAGGAAUGGUAGGUUAAGGACCUGCUUCAUUAGUGCGGCCCAGUAGCAACCCUGCAAAAUGGACUCAGUUGUAAAGUGAAGUGCAUCUUUAUACUGGUCUUCUUUAGAUGUAAACAUACACAAAGGCUCCAAAAUAUUGUCACUGUCCUGUGUUUAAAUGUAUCAAUGUGGGCUUAUCAUGUGUUUGGCAAAAUUAGUUACAAGUGGGAACUAUCGAUAAAAGUUUACUUUUGUACAGCAAAAUAUUUAUUAUUGUUUUGAGAUGUCAUUUGAUUAAAGCAAAAAGGGCCUGAGUUAUGGGGAUUUAGUGAAUACCUAGUUCGAUCCCAUAGAGUUUGUAUUGAAAUAACCGAUUGCACUCAAGUUAUGGUGAGAUAUGAUAAUUGGUCCUGAGUUAAUGAACAGAGAAAUGAGUACAAUAUUAUCUAAAAACCCUGUUGCAUUGAGCAUGCUGGGUGAGGACAGGACCGGACACUGAAGUGACAUUCUUGCUCAGCUCACAAUCUCAGCCCACCUAUACAUGCUGCUCACACAAGAUAUACAGUAGAUAUUUAAUGGAGGUACCAGAAGGUGCCCUUGGAAAAGUACUUGAAGUAAAUGAGAAGAACAAGAGCUGAAAGGAGAAGUAGGCAUUGAUGUAUUUUUGUCUGGUGGUGUUACAAGACUUGAUCAUGUGUUCCAGAUUGCUCGGAAUCAUGGGAUCUGAUUGGCUAAUUUUCAUAUACGCUCUAUUCCAUUCCAGGAGGUUCCGGUCAAGGAUCCCAGCUCCUUUGUCCUCUCGCUUUUUAUAGAAUAAUGCUGAUUUUAUGAAUGCAUCUUUCAAAUUUUUUGUACAAGGGGUUAUUGUGGAGAGCACAAAUCAUGGGCUCAGAUAAUAUAUCAGAGUAUCUUCAUCUUGUACAUGAAUAAAAUCGUAGGUAAAUGGUUUAAUAAAUCAAACAAAACUUAAAAAUCCGUAAG